AAGUCAAACUCAAAUACAUCGAAGCCACGUGUCUAACAGAAGCCGUAACACAACCCAACACCACAACACCAGUUCUCUCUAUGUCGUUGUAUCGUCUUCUCUUCCAUUAUAUACAUCCGCAGUCUCCGUGUUUCUUCAUUUUCUGAAACCAAACCAAAAGUCUUGACCUCCAUUAACAUCCUCCAUCAUUUCAGUUUUUAACUCAUAACCCUCAAACCCAACCUUCUUUCCAUUGAAACAUCCAAAUUUUAAUCACCCCAUUAAAUACUAUAUCCUUUUUUUUUUUUUCUUGAAUCCUUUGGCUAUUUCAUAACAACCGUAUUUACUGGUUUCUUGUUUUGUUCGCCUUUGAUUCAUCUCUUGUUCUUUUCUCGGACGUCCUAACUUCAACUACUAGGGAUUUGUACCUCACUUCUCUCCUCUAUUACUGCUUUUGUUUAUGUUGUUUCUCGUCUGUUAAUCCGGGCUUUUACUUUUGUUGUGACGUUCAGUUAUGCAUGCUAUGCUUAUUAUAUUAGUGCAAAAAGAAACUGGAAAAGCUUAUACUUUUUAUUUUUUAUUUUUUGUAAAGAUUUAAUAUUUUUAGGAAUUAUCAUAUGAAACCCAGUUGGAUUAAAGCUGGGAUUAUUUUAAUUUUUUAUGUAACUUUUUAUUUAUUUAUUUAUUUUUGGUUUGUUCUAUUAGUGGAGGACACAUCUUCAAAACUAUUGAAAAGGAUGUUGAUUAAUGGGUUUGAAGAUUGUUCCCAAUUAAAUUUGAAAAGUUUAUUGUUGAAUACAAUGAAAUUACUGGGAUCCACAUCCACUUGAAUAUGAAUAGCUGAUUAUCAGAAAAGAAUCGUAGGUUCAUAGUUUGUUUUGUCUUAUUUGACUUUCUAUCAUGUUCUCUCCCUCACUCUGCCAUAACCACUUCAUUUAUUGAAUGGGUGAAUAACCUUGUAGUCCCAAAUGUGAUUGGUCCUUGCUAAUCCUUUUGGUUCGAACAAAUUGACUAAGCUUGCAUAUGUCAGUUUCAGCAUCAGUUUCAUUUUCAUGGGACCCAAUUAUACCUUUCCUAAAUAUUGUUAUGUUCUCAGUUCUGUUCCUUGUGGCUCUGCUCCAGUGUUAAGUCAUAUUGCAGCAACAUCAUCCCAAACUCCCUUCAUUUUAAUUUUGGAAUUUUGGAAUUUUUUAGAUGGUUGAGUUUGGUAAUUGGGGAUUUGAACUCGAGACAAUACCUCUUUUUAAGAGAUAACAUGUAGCUAUCAUUAGGUGUUGGCCUUCACAAUAUCUUGUUUGUAAUUAUUAAUUUAAAAAAGAAACAUGUUUCAGAUGCUUAUUUAUAGGAACCACUCUAUUUUAGUGUAGAAAAUCUUGAAAUAAGAUCAGUGUUGGGUGAUGUUUAUGUUUUAAAGUGCAAGGGAGUCAUAUGAAUGAUUUUAUCUUGAAAAAUUUAUUUCUCCCUAUUCGAUAUUUGAGUGUUUGGGAAACAGUCUGAGUAGGUCCCGUUUGCUGACCUUUCAAGUUACCAUUUGAUGAUUUUAUUUACAUAAUUUUCAUUUUUUUUGCUUCUCUUUCAAAAUAUACGUUUGAACGCUGACAAAUGCAGUUGUUAUAUGUUUUUGCCUUUCAGAUUGACAUUUUGUUAUGAGAACUUAUGAGGGUUAUGGAUCACGGUACUAAUAACUCUGAACCUACACAAACUGGACCAUUUAGUAGGACAAGCAGCAGUGGCCCUUCAUUAAGGAAGCGAUCUUUCAGUAUAUCAAGAGUCAUGUCCUUUCAAACUGACGAUGAUGUUCAUAGUGAGUCUGUUUCAGAGGCAGGAGAUAUUGGUGAUCGGGCUCUUCAAAGCAAUAGGCACAGUGUGACUAGUAGUUUCCGCUCGUCUGUUGAUCAUGCAAUGGAAAGUGGGGCAGUUGUUCAUCCAUCCGAAUUAAAUGAAAUCUCUCUCGUGUCACCCGUGCUAGAGGAUGCUGUAUCUCCCCUUCCAUUUGAUCCACUGAAGUGCUCUGGGGACCAAAAACAAGAAAAACAAGGACUACCUCUGUCAUUGGAGUAUAUAUCAUGUCUUAUCCACUUGGCUGUUUUUGGAAUUCUGGGGGUUUUGACAAGAUAUUUGCUAGAAAGGCUUUUUGGACCUAGCAUUACGGGUGUGACCAGCAACCAGACCAUAGUGUACCCCAAUCUUCCUUCUAAUAUGGUUGGUUCUUUCUUGAUGGGGUGGUGGGGUGUUGUUUUCAAAGGAGACAUAUCUCAGGUAUCUGAUAUAUUGGCAAUUGGAUUGACCACUGGCUAUUUGGGAAGUGUCACGACUUUCAGUGGCUGGAAUCAGAAAAUGCUUGAUCUUAGUUUAAAUGGCCACUGGGUGCAAGCUGUACUUGGGUUUCUGAUAGGCUUGUUUCUUGCAGCUUAUUCCCUCAUUUUUGGGAUUGAGACAGCCAAGGGUUUCAGGUGGAUUCUCAAAAGGCUAAACACAAGCACAAAAAAGGAAGUUCCUAGCACUUGUUGUAAUUGGAGGCUCAACAGCGUCAGAUGUCAUUUGGCUGCAGUGGUGGUAUUAUUGUUAAUUCUAGGUGUUUUAUUGAGUGUGAGUGGAGCACUGCUGGAGGAGGAAUUUAGCAGUGGUAGCAGUGGAGCUCAGCUGUGGCUGGCUUGUUUAGUUGCACCUUUGGGAGUGUGGAUCAGGUGGUUCUUGGCUCGACUUAAUGGACGUGGGUUAGGAAAGUCUGGGAUUCUGAGAUGGCUUCCAUUUGGUACUUUGAUUGCCAAUAUUUCUGCUGCUUGUAUAAUGGCAGCACUCUCCAUAGCGGAAAAGCCGGUAAAUACUAAGAACUUCAACACCGUGGCAACAGGGAUACAGUUAGGAUUUCUGGGUUGUCUGAGCACAGUUUCUACUUUCAUUGCUGAGUUCAAUGCAAUGAGAGAGAGCAAGUACCCUUGGAGAGCUUAUGUUUAUGCCUUUAUUACCAUGGGAUUGUCAUUUGUUUUAGGGAUUCUGAUAUACGAUGUACCUGCUUGGACAAAAGGAUACACAUAGAAUUUUAGGCCAUCUGUCGGUGCUUCUCUCUCUACGGGUUGUGUAAACUUAAAAGAUUUGGAUGUCAAAUUUGAUUCUAAGAGAACUUUAUUUUGCUCCUAAAAUGAACAUUUGCCAUGACAAGUCCUGGCUGUACGUUACUACUCUCUUCAACCUAGUACCAUACUCAAUUUGUCCUAGAGAACAAGGUGUGCAUCAGUUUUCUUUGUUUCUAACUCACUACGUAAUUAGUACUACUAGAGAACGUGUAACGUAAAGCUCCAUCGCUGCUUUGAAGGCUGAAGCUCAGGCAUUUUGCAAUGCCAGCAAUACUAAUAGGCGACAGAAAUAACUGUUCCAGAAAUAUAAAUACCAACGUGUCAAAUUGGGAUGGGCGACAAAUAUAAUUGUUUUAAAAAUAUGGAUGA